UCUCUCUCUCUCUCUCUUUAAUAUUGUAUAUAAUCUGAAGUUCUGAACACGUACAUAUAGGCGAGGCUUGAACGGAUCUCCCUUGAUUACCAAUCCAUUUAACUUAGGAAGAGGAAAGUAAUGGGUGGAUCACCAACACAAUCAGUUCUCUGUGCCUUGGCCUUUUACUUUGUUUCCCUCAUGGACUUGGUUCAGAUUGUCCGAGCUCAAAAUGGUACUACUCCUCCUUCCGAAGUGAGUGCUUUGAACUCCGUCUUCAGCCAAUGGGGACUAUCCCCAGCAUAUUAUCAAUGGAACAUUAGCAGAGAACCAUGCAGUGGAGCCGCCAUCGACGCUACGGCCGCUACCGCUCUUGAUGUCACCUUUGGAAAUUACAAUCCCGGUAUCAAAUGCGAUUGCAAUGGGACUGUUUGCCACAUUACCCAACUCCAAGUCUAUGCUCUGGAUGUUACUGGAGGAAUCCCGGAGGAGCUGUGGUCUUUGACUUCCCUCACAUAUUUGAACUUGGUCAAAAAUUACCUGACUGGUCCCCUGUCUUCAUCCAUUGCCAAUCUAACUCAAAUGCAGAGGCUGUACCUGGCGGGUAAUGCAUUAUCGGGGGAGGUUCCAAAGGAACUUGGAAAACUAACUAAUCUCACAGUUUUAAGCAUUAGCAUGAAUAACUUCUCUGGCUCUCUCCCAUCAGAACUGGGGAAUUUGAUAAAAUUAGAGGAACUCUACUUCGACAGUUCUGGAGUUAGUGGAGCUAUUCCAUUGACAUUUACUGCUCUACAAAGCCUCUUAGCAGUGUGGGGUUCGGAUAAUGAACUCACAGGGAGCAUACCUGAAUUCAUAGGGAACUGGUCAGAACUUAGCUCCCUGGACUUGUUCCGAAAUUACCUGACUGGUCCCCUGUCUUCAUCCAUUGCCAAUCUAACUCAAAUGCAGUGGCUGAGCCUGGGGUUUAAUGCAUUAUCGGGGGAGGUUCCAAAGGAACUUGGAAAACUAACUAAUCUGAGAUCAUUAAGCAUUAGCACGAAUAACUUCUCUGGCUCUCUCCCAUCAGAACUGGGGAAUUUGAUAAAAUUAGAACACCUCUUCUUCCACAGUUCUGGAGUUAGUGGAGCUAUUCCAUCUACAUUUGCUGCUCUACAAAACCUGCAAAUAGUGUUGGGUUCGGAUAAUGAACUCACAGGGAGCAUACCUGAAUUCAUAGGGAACUGGUCAAAACUUAGCGUCCUGAACUUGGUCCAAAAUUACCUGACUGGUCCCCUGUCUUCAUCCAUUGCCAAUCUAACUCAAAUGCAGUCGCUGUACCUGGGGUAUAAUGCAUUAUCGGGGGAGGUUCCAAAGGAACUUGGAAAACUAACUAAUCUCACACAAUUAAGCAUUAGCACGAAUAACUUCUCUAGCUCUCUCCCAUCAGAACUGGGGAAUUUGAUAAAAUUAGAGCAAUUCUACUUCGACAGUUCUGGAGUUAGUGGAGCUAUUCCAUCUACAUUUGCUGCUCUACAAAACCUCUCAACAGUGUGGGGUUCGGAUAAUGAACUCACAGGGAGCAUACCCGAAUUCAUAGGGAACUGGUCAAAACUUAGCUCCCUGAGGUUUCAAGGAAACGCCUUUGAAGGUGGAAUACCGUCAACAUUUUCCAAAUUGACCUCGUUGACGGACUUGAGAAUAAGCGAUUUAUCCAACGGAAGCUCUUCACUGACAUUUUUGAACGAUAUGACAUCUCUGACUCUGAGUACCUUAAUUCUAAGGAAUAACAAUAUUUCUGGUACUAUCCCCUCCAAUAUUGGUGAUUUUCCGAGUUUGUCUCAACUGGAUUUGAGCUUUAACAAUUUAACUGGACCAAUUCCAGAUUCUCUCUUCAAUUUGAGAUCUCUCUCUUACUUGUUUCUUGGGAAUAAUAAAUUGACUGGAAUGCUUCCCACGACAAAGAGUCCUUCUCUUCUGCAUAUAGACGUGUCAUACAAUCAAUUAGUGGGGGAACUUCCAUCUUGGGCAAACAACAGUGUUCUGGCUACGGGAUUGGACUGUAUUCAACAGAACUUUCCCUGCCUUGGGGAUAUUCGCAGUUCUCCUAAGUAUUCUGACUUUGCAAUUAAUUGUGGUGGUCCAGAGAUGACAUCUAGUAGUCAGAUUGUAUAUGAGGGGGACAACGACGCUCUUGGUCCAGCUACUUAUUAUGAGGCUAGUACAAAAAGGUGGGCAGUAAGUAAUGUCGGGGGCUUCAGCGACAAUACUGAUCUCCAGUAUACGAGUGUCUCUUCAUCUCAAGUCAUAACUAAUUUGGACUCGAGGCUGUUCCUCACAGCACGGUUAUCGCCGGGAUCACUAAGAUAUUUUGGGCUGGGACUUGACAAUGGUAAUUACAAUGUGACUCUCUAUUUCGCAGAGACAGAAUUCUUAAAUCCCCCAACUUGGAAAAGUCUUGGAAGGCGUGUUUUUGAUAUAUACAUCCAGGGGAAUCUAGUUUGGAAAGAUUUCGAAAUAAAAAAGGAGGCCGGUGGUGUCUCUUUACAAAUUCAGAAGGUUUUCCCAGCUCAGGUAUCAAAAAACUACCUUGAAAUUCAUCUAUUUUGGGCUGGUAAAGGGACUUGUUGUGUACCUGUUGUUGGUACAUUUGGACCUUCUAUUUCAGCAAUCAGUGCUGUCCCAGAUUUCAUCCCCACAAUUCGUAAAACCCCUACAUCCGGCAAAAAGAGUAAGAUUGGUUUGAUUGUGGGGAUUGUUGUUCCUGUUGGAGUUGUAAGCUUUCUAUCUUUCCUUGCGCUCUAUUGGUUUGUCCUUUGCCGAAAAAGGCCGGGAUGGGACGACGAUGAAGAGCUCCUAGGGAUGGAUGUUAGGCCCUACACUAUCAGUUAUGCAGAACUAAAGGCUGCAACAGAAGAUUUUAAUCUUGCAAACAAACUUGGGGAGGGAGGCUUUGGACCUGUUUUUAAGGGAACACUUAAUGAUGGGAAGGUUAUUGCUGUCAAGCAAUUGUCUGUGGCCUCUCGCCAAGGAAAGGAUCAAUUUGUUGCAGAGAUUGCUACAGCAUCUGCUGUUCAACACCGAAAUCUUGUGAAAUUGUACGGAUGCUGCAUUGAGGGGAAGAAACGACUGAUUGUUUAUGAGUAUCAUGAAAACAAGAGUCUUGAUAAAGCAUUGUUUGCAGGGAAGACAAGUUUGUUUCUUAACUGGCCCAUCCGCUUUGAUAUAUGCUUGGGUGUAGCAAGGGGUCUAGCUUAUCUUCACGUGGAAUCUCGGCUUCGCAUUGUACACAGGGAUGUUAAGGCCAGCAAUAUUCUUCUUGACUCUGACCUCAACCCCAAAGUUUCUGAUUUUGGUUUGGCCAAACUUUUUGAUGACAAAAAGACCCACAUUAGUACCCGUGUUGCAGGGACAUUUGGGUAUCUUGCACCUGAGUAUGCUAUGCUUGGACAACUUACAGAAAAGGCCGAUGUGUUUGGCUUUGGUGUUGUAGCUUUGGAGAUUGUCAGUGGAAGGCCAAAUACUGACUCGAGCUUGGAAAAAGAAAAGAUCUAUCUUCUUAACUGGGCCUGGCAUGUGCAUGAAAACAACCGUGAAGUUGAGCUAGUGGAUGCUAGAUUGUUAGAAUUUGACGAGGAAGAAGUAAAACGAGUUAUACAAGUAGCUCUUUUGUGCACCCAGACAUCUCCACAUCAACGCCCCUCCAUGCCGUGUGUAGUGGCGAUGCUUUCAAGAGACAUUGAAGUUAGUGCAGUUACUUCACGGCCUGGAUAUUUGACUGACUGGAACUUCGACACAUCCAGUUUUAUGACUACAGAUGCUCCAACUAGAGAAAACGAACAUAGCCAAUUCAGUUCAUCAACGAGUCGGAUACUCCAAGUGCAACGAACAUAGCCGAUUUCGUUCAUCAACGAGUGCAAGCAUGGCAACAAAUCCGGGGUUAGAGAUUUUCAACGUAAUAAAUGGGUUUUUAUUUGGGAUUUUUUGAAAAAAAAAUUUCUUUUUUGUAUUUUGAUUGAUUUUUGUGAAAUUUUGCGACACUUUUAAUUUUACAUGGAUUAUGACUUUAUGUGAAUAAUUAUAACACUCAUUAAAUUGGAAUGUGUUUAUUCAGAAAGGGUGUGUAACAUGGGGGUGCCUACUAGGGGCAUUGUCCUUCCCAAUUAAUUGAUGUCUACAAGAGGUAUGGCUCUAUGCAAAAAGGUGCCCCGGUGAGAGACAUGAUUUUUCCU